AUGAAUUUUUCAAUUAUCCAUCUUGCAGGAAAUCAUUUAUCAACAUCCCCACUAUUCACAAUGAAAAACAUCAGAGCUCAAGAUAUUAGAUUUUCAAGAAUAAUCUCAUCAGUCUUUUAUAAUACGAAUUAUCUUAACUUAUAUCGUGCGAAAUUUGAAAAAUCAUUAGCAACACCUAUAUAUUUCAAUAAAUUAUAUACAUCAGGAUCAAUAUCAUCUCGACUUUUUACAAACGAUGCAAAAAUAACCUUAGAGGAUUGUUAUUUUAAUGAAAUAUAUGCUUCAGGCAAUGUAGGUUCGGCAUUAUAUAUUUCUGGUGCAGAUUUUACUAAUGUCACUCAAUGUUCCUUCACAAAAUGUAUGAAUAACAAGAAAUGUGGCGCUUUUUACAUAAAUUCUACCGAAUUUGAGCUUACAUAUGCCUGUUUUUACAAAUGCAGAUCCACAAUUGAAUGUUCUAUUGGUAUAGUUCUUUCUGAAAUAAUUGUUUGGGUAAAUUCUGUGGCAUAUAAAUGCGUACAAGAAAGCGAGGUUGUAGAUUCUACACUUAAACUGAUUUCCCAAUCAAAUACCCUUACUAGAAUGAAUUCUACACUAUGUGAUUCAGAUAUCAACUCUGGAGUUCUUUCUGUUGGCUCUGUCCGCAUGGAGUAUGCUUCAUUCUUUAAUAAUACAGGUAGGUCUCUUGCAGCAUUCCAUAAUGCUACAAAAAAUAUUGUAUUAAUGUUCGUUUUUGCGUUUUACAACAAAGGAAACUUGGUUGCCUUAUUUGAUAUAAACGGAGCUAUUCGUAUGCGUCUUCUCCAAUUAGUUGUGCAACAAAAUGAAGGAAAGGUUUUCAAAAUUCAAGGAAUUUCAAAAGAAAUUGAUCUUGCAGAUUCAUUUAUUGAUGUUCCUCUAGAACCAGGGAUAAGCACAUCUUUCGAAGAAUACUUUAACGUUACUACAGGAACUCCAUCGAUUCCUAUUCAAGAAUAUGCUGUUUGUAUACCAAUAGAUACUGAUUCCGAAUCUGCUAGAUCUCCUCAGAUAAAGAAGUAUAUCACUGCUGCAUAUAUCUUCUCUGCUGUUGUUGUAUUUAUUUGCGUUAUUAUUAUCGUAAUAUCAGAAAUCAGACAACUGAAGCUGAAAAAGAUGAACUAA